GCAUAGAGCCAUAUGUAACAAUUUUCCACUGGGACACGCCUCAAGCACUGGUAGAUGACUACGGCGGCUUCUUAGAUAAGAGAAUUAUAAAAGAUUACACAGACUUCGCUGGACUGUGCUUUGAACGAUUCGGUGACAGGGUGAACAAUUGGUUAACCUUUAACGAGCCACAUACAUUUACAUGUUUAUCCUACGGAACCGGGAUCCUUGCCCCUGGACGGUGCUCACCAGGAAUGAAAUGUCCCGACCCAACUGGGGACUCAAUCAGAGAGCCAUACCUUGUUGGCCACAAUCUUCUUCUAGCUCAUGCUGAGACUGUUGAUCUUUACAACAAGUUUCAUAGGGGUGAGAAGGGGCGCAUAGGGCUUGCGCUUAAUGUAAUGGGGACUGUGCCAUAUGGAAGUACGUUUCUCGAUGAACAAGCCCAUGAAAGGUGUAUGGACUACAACCUAGGAUGGUACUUGGAGCCAGUGGUUCGUGGUGACUACCCCCAUUCCAUGAGAUCAUCGGUGAGGGAUAGGCUACCCCACUUCACAGAAAAAGAGCAACAGAAGCUAGUGGGUUCCUAUGACAUGAUAGGGAUCAACUACUACUCCUCAAGGUUCGCCAAGCACGUUGACAUCACAGAAAAUUUCUCGCCAGAGCUCAACACGCAUGACUGCUGUGCCACUGAAGAAAUUACAGGGCCUAACGGCAAUACUAUUGGUCCUGCUACUGGAAAUGCGUGGGUCUACAUGUACCCUAAAGGCCUAAAGGAUAUCCUUAUGAUCACGAAGAAGAGAUACGGAAAUCCACCGGUCUACAUCACUGAAAACGGGAUGGGGGACAUUGACAAUGGCGAUCUAUCCAUGGAAGCUGCGUUGGACGACCACAUAAGGCUAGAUUACCUUCAGCGCCACAUCUCAGUCCUUAAAGAUUCAAUAGAUUCCGGAGCGAACGUGCGUGGCCACUUCACAUGGUCUCUGUUGGACAACUUCGAGUGGUCUAGUGGCUACACCGAGCGUUUCGGCAUCGUCUACGUCGAUCGUGAGAAUGGCUGCAAGCGCACCCUGAAGCGGUCAGCAAGGUGGCUGAAAGAGUUCAACGGAGCUGCAAAAAGGCCUGGAAAUCUGAUUAAGCCAAAUUUCAGCGAAAUAAAUAAGAUCAAAGUUGUUACGCCAGCUUAGAACACUGGCUGAUGUUUACCCGUAGUAUUUUUCAUCUCAAACUACAAAACAAUUUAUGUCUAUGUAAUCGAUGUUAUUAUUUUAAUUUCAUGUUUAUGAAUUUUGUUUGGUACUCCAAA